GCCUUACCCGCGUCCCAUGUGACCCGGGGCGGGGCGGUGUCGCCUCCACCGCGGCCGCGGUGUCUCGGCCGGGCUCCGCGUCAUCAUGGGCAGCCAGGGCCGCUCGGGGCCGCCCGCGAGCGGCGAGGGCGAGGGCGAGGGCGAGAGCGAGGGCCGGCCCGGGAAGACCAAGGGGAAGGGGAAGCGGAGGAAGCGGGGGAAGGCGCGCAGCGGAAGCGGGCACGGACCGGAAGGGGCGCCGCGUUCCCGCGGGGCUGCGGCCCACGCUGGGCUCGCCGAGCAGGGCGCCGGGGCUGCGCGGGAGGCCGCCGUCGCCGGCUCCCAGGCGGCCAUGACGACGGCCAUGGCGACGGCCGAGGAAGCCGCGGGGCCCUCACUCUGGCGUCUGCCGGAGGAGCUGCUGCUGCUCGUCUGCUCCUACCUGGACGCGCGCGCGCUCGGCCGCUUGGCCCAAGUGUGCCGCACGCUGCGGCGCGUCACCAGCUACGACCUGCCGUGGCGCCGCAUCGCGCGGGCCUCGCUCAACGCUGGCUUCUCGCGGCUCGGCACAGACCUGAUGAACAGUGUCCCGGUGAAGGAGCGGGUGAAGGUGUCUCAGAACUGGAGGCUGGGGCGCUGCCGAGAGGGGAUUCUGCUGAAGUGGCGUUGCAGUCAGAUGCCUUGGAUGCAACUAGAGGAUAAUUCUCUCUACAUAUCCCAGGCUAAUUUCAUCCUGGCCUACCAGUUUCGCCCAGAUGGUGCCAGCCUGAACCAUCGGCCCCUGGGAGUCUUUGCCGGGCAUGAUGAGGAUGUUUGUCACUUCGUGUUGGCCAACUCACAUAUUGUCAGCGCAGGAGGAGAUGGGAAGAUUGGUGUUCAUAAGAUUCACAGCACCUUUGCUGUCAAGUUCUCAGCUCAUGAGCAGGAAGUGAACUGUGUGGACUGCAAAGGGAGCAUCAUUGUGAGUGGCUCCAGGGACAGGACAGCCAAGGUGUGGUCUUUGGCCUCAGGCCAACUAGGGCAGUGCUUACACGCCAUCCAGACUGAAGACCGAGUCUGGUCCAUUGCUAUCAGCCCAUUACUCAGCUCUUUUGUGACAGGAACAGCUUGUUGUGGCCACUUCUCACCCCUGAGAAUCUGGGACCUCAACAGCGGGCAGCUGAUGUCGCACCUGGGCAGUGACUUCCCCCCAGGAGCGGGGGUGCUGGAUGUCAUGUACGAAUCCCCGUCCACACUGCUGUCCUGUGGCUAUGAUACCUACAUCCGCUACUGGGAUCUCCGAACCAGUACCCGGAAGUGUGUCAUGGAGUGGGAGGAGCCCCACGACAGCACCCUCUACUGCCUGCAGACAGACGGCAACCACCUGCUGGCUACAGGCUCCUCCUACUAUGGUGUCGUCCGGCUGUGGGACCGGCGCCAGAGGGCCUGCCUGCACGCUUUCCCACUGACGUCAACGCCACUUAGCAGCCCUGUGUACUGCCUGCGGUUCACCACCACGCAUCUCUAUGCCGCACUCUCCUACAAUCUCCACGUCCUGGACUUCAAAAACCCUUGACAGGCUGCCCCUGCCUGUGGGCUGGGAACCAGCAACUUGGAACCUCUUCUGCCCGCAGUGUGCGGGUAUGCUUCCUGCCCUCCCCUGCUGUAUUCCUGGACCUGUGGCCACAGUACUCGGGCACCUGAAGCUAGAGGCAAGGUCUCCUGGGCCUCUGGGGCCCUGGAGAUGCAGGCACUGCUGGAGCCUGUGAGCAGACAGGACGUGCUAAACAAAGAGUCUGAGGGAAAGGCCAAGUACUCUGCAGGAGGGAAGGUGGGGCUGCCUUUGCAGUGGCACCAGCUGCCUCCCUAGACCCCUCCGUUUGACCAGCCUCAGGGCCUGGCUUUGCCUUGGGUUCUGAGCUUGCCCUCAGACUAACCUGGGGCACACGUUAGUAGGCUGUGAAAGCAUGCUACUACCUUUCAUUUCUGUAAAAAUAAAGCUUGUUUCACA